AUGGGUUCGCGGCCGGUUGCAUCCUUCCUUACUGAGGGCCAACACCCGGUGGACAAUGGUGUAGGGUGUGGGCCGGCAGCCGCUGUUCGUCGUUGCAAAUGGGAACUGACCGUGGAGCUGACCGAUGUGCAGCUUUAA